AUGGACCCCAACAAUCGGUUGCACCUCAACUUUGACAGCAACCAACAGAGGUUGCCUCUUCCCAACGACCGCGCCUAUCCCACCACGCCCUCGACCUUUCCCCAGCCCGUCUUCCCCCAGCCUGGGAGCCAACAAGCCGGCGCUGGCGGUCUGCACCCUCAGCCGCAGCAGCAGCCGCAGCAGCAGCAGCAGCAGCAGCAGUAUGCCGCUCAGGGAUACUUCUCCCAGCCUCAGUACCAGCCUCAGUAUGCCGCACAGCAGCAGACCGCCGACACCCCCGCCGCCUACCAGCCCCGGUCCAAUACGCCCGGCAGCGACCCCAACACCGGCCUCGCCCACCACUUCUCCCACCAGAACCUAGGCGGUGCUGCCCCGCGCAACCCGGCCUACGCCCGCAACCCCUCUCCCGGUCGCCGUCCGCGCACCUCGGGGAGCAGCGGUCAGCACCCCGCCCAGUCUGGGUACGGCUCCACGCCUCCUCUGCCCAGCCAGGGUUCCGGCUAUGUCAGCGAGUUCCAGCAGGCUCCAGAGCGGAAUCCGGACAAGUACGGGACCAACGCCAACGGCAACCAGAAGAAGGCCUCCCAGCUGGCUGCUGAUUUCUUCAAGGACAGCGUCAAGAGGGCUCGCGAGCGCAACCAGAGACAGAGCGAACUCGAGCAGAAGCUCCAGGACCCCAGCCAGAGCGCUGCCAGGAGGGAGCAGCUGUGGUCCAACGCUGGACGCAAGGAGGCUCAGUACCUGCGCUUCCUCCGCACGAAGGACAAGCCCGAAAACUACACAACCGUCAAGAUUAUCGGAAAGGGUGCCUUUGGCGAGGUCAAGCUGGUCCAGAAGAAGGGCGACGGCAAGAUCUUUGCCAUGAAGAGUCUGAUCAAGACGGAGAUGUUCAAGAAGGACCAGCUGGCUCACGUUCGAUCGGAGCGUGACAUUCUUGCCGAGUCCGACAGUCCCUGGGUCGUCAAGCUGUACACCACCUUCCAGGACCCUUACUUCCUCUACAUGCUCAUGGAGUUCUUGCCCGGUGGCGAUCUGAUGACGAUGCUCAUCAAGUAUGAAAUCUUCUCCGAGGACAUCACCCGCUUCUACAUGGCCGAGAUUGUCCUCGCCAUCGACGCCGUCCACAAGCUCGGCUUCAUCCACCGCGACAUCAAGCCGGACAACAUUCUCCUCGACCGUGGUGGCCACGUCAAGCUGACCGAUUUCGGUCUCUCGACGGGCUUCCACAAGCUCCACGACAACAACUACUACCAGCAGCUUCUGCAGGGCCGGUCCAACAAGCCCCGCGACCGCAGCUCCGUCGCCAUCGACCAGAUCAACCUGACGGUUAGCAACCGCUCCCAGAUCAACGACUGGCGUCGCUCCCGCCGUCUGAUGGCCUACUCGACCGUCGGAACCCCCGACUACAUCGCCCCCGAGAUCUUCACCGGCCAGGGAUAUUCGUUUGACUGCGACUGGUGGUCCCUGGGUACGAUCAUGUUUGAGUGUCUUGUGGGAUGGCCGCCAUUCUGCGCCGAGGACAAUCACGACACCUACCGCAAGAUUGUCAACUGGAGGCAGACGCUGUAUUUCCCCGACGACAUCACGCUUGGUGUCGAGGCGGAGAAUCUGAUUCGAAGCAUGGUCUGCAACACAGAGAACCGCCUCGGCAGGGGUGGAGCUCACGAGAUCAAGAGUCAUUCCUUCUUCCGCGGCGUCGACUUUGACAGUCUUCGACGCAUCCGUGCUCCAUUUGAGCCCAGGCUGACGUCCAACAUUGACACGACCUACUUCCCCACCGACGAGAUCGACCAGACGGACAAUGCCACGGUGCUCAAGGCUCAGGCUAUCCAGCAGGGUCGUACUGGUCCUGUCGAGGAGUCUCCCGAGAUGAGCCUGCCGUUCAUCGGUUACACGUUCAAGCGCUUUGACAAUAACUUUCGAUAG